GGUGGCGACGACCAAGCGGGCUGGAGCGGUGGCUACCCCGAGAUCGUGAAAGAGAACGAACUGUUCGAGCGGUACUACCGGGAGCAGCGCAUCGUACCCGACGGCGAGUGGGACGCCUUCAUGGCGGCGCUGCGGGAGCCGCUGCCCGCCACGCUGCGCAUCACCGGCUAUAAGAGCCACGCCAGGGAGAUCCUGCACUGCCUGAAGGAGAAGUAUUUCCGGGAGCUGCAGCACCUGGAGGUCGACGGACAGAAGGUGGAAAUGCCGCAAGCGCUGAGCUGGUAUCCGGAGGAGUUAGCGUGGCACACCAACCUGAGUAGAAAAAUCUUGCGUAAGUCACCGCAGCUGGAGAGGUUUCAUCAGUUUCUGGUUAGCGAGACUGAGUGUGGAAACAUCAGUCGCCAGGAGGCUGUUAGUAUGAUCCCACCUCUGCUGCUUAAUGUUAACCCUGAUCACAAGAUUCUAGAUAUGUGUGCUGCACCUGGAUCUAAGACUGCACAACUCAUUGAAAUGUUGCAUGCAGACAUGAAUGUUCCUUUUCCCAAGGGUUUUGUAAUUGCUAAUGAUGUUGACAACAAGCGCUGCUACUUGCUGGUUCAUCAGGCUAAAAGAUUAAACAGUCCAUGUAUCAUGGUGGUAAAUCACGAUGCCUCCAGUAUCCCUAAUCUACAAAUAGAUGUGGAUGGAAGAAAAGAGAUUCUCUUCUAUGAUAGGAUUUUGUGUGAUGUCCCCUGCAGUGGAGAUGGAACCAUGAGAAAAAACAUUGAUGUAUGGAAGAAGUGGACAACGCAAAACAGUUUGCAGCUCCAUGGAUUGCAGCUAAGAAUUGCAACUCGUGGUGUUGAACAGCUGGCAGAAGGUGGGAGAAUGGUAUAUUCUACGUGUUCGUUGAAUCCUAUUGAAAAUGAAGCUGUGAUUGCAUCUCUGCUGGAAAAGAGUCAAGGUGCCUUAGAACUUGCUGAUGUCUCUUCUGAGUUGCCAGGUUUGAAGAGGAUGCCAGGAAUUACAAAAUGGAAGGUCAUGCUGAAAGAUGGACAGUGGUUUGAGGAGUGGAAAGAUGUGCCUUCAAAUAGACAAACACAAAUACGUCCCACAAUGUUCCCAAUAAAAGAGGAGGAGAAGUUAAAGGCAAUGAAUCUAGAGCGCUGCAUUAGAAUAUUGCCACAUCACCAGAACACAGGAGGCUUUUUUGUGGCUGUGUUAAUAAAAAAAUCUCCAAUGCCAUGGAAUAAACGCCAGCCUAAGGUUCAUCAGAAAUUACCAGAAAAAACAGGAGAUACUGAAGUGACAGCAACAAAUGCAGGUGAUGGUUCUGAAGGUACUACUGAGAAACCAACACUUUCUGAAGACGAAGAGUCUAAGAAAGUACAAGAACUGCAAAAUUCAGAUACUGAGCAAAGCAAAAAAGGAGUUUGCGGACCUCCACCAUCUAAAAAAAUGAAGUUGUUUGGUUUUAAAGAAGAUCCUUUUGUGUUUCUCCCUGAAGAUGACCCAUUGUUCCUUCCUAUCCAGAAGUUUUAUGCACUGGACCCUUCAUUUCCCAAGAUGAAUUUAUUAACUCGAACUCAAGAAGGAAAGAAGAGACAGCUGUACAUGGUUUCUAAGGAGUUAAGGAAUGUGCUUCUCAACAACAGUGAGAAGAUGAAGGUUAUCAACACGGGGAUAAAAGUCUGGUCUCGCAACAGCGAUGGUGAGCAGUUUGGAUGUGCCUUCAGAUUAGCACAGGAGGGAAUAUAUACUCUAUACCCAUUCAUUCAUGCAAGGAUUAUAAAUGUCUGCAUAGAAGAUGUUAAAAUACUGCUAACCCAGGAAAAUCCAUUCUUAAGUAAAUUUAGCAGUGAAACACAGAGGAAAGUCAAAGACAUGGCAAUGGGAAGUAUAGUUCUGAAGUAUGAGCCAGACCCUGAAAAACCUGAUGAUCUUCAGUGUCCUGUAGUGCUCUGUGGCUGGCAAGGAAAGACAUCGCUCCGUGCCUUUGUGCCCAAGAAUGAGAGACUUCAUUACCUGAGGAUGAUGGGAGUUGAAGUGUUUAAAGCAAAGAGGAAAGAGGGGGAAUCAGAAAGUAAAACAGAGGAGGAAGUUCAAUGCAGACCAGCACUAACGGAGGAAGGAAUGGAUGUGGAAGAUAAAGAACGUGAUGCAGUCACAAAAAUGGAAGCAGAAGUAGGUGGAAAAUCUCACCACAGUCCUAUGGAAAGCAGUGCUAUGGAAAUAGAAAAUAAAAGUGAGGAUUCAGAUCAAUUUAGUAAAAAUACCAACAGUCACAUAAGCCAAGAAAGUAAAGAUAUCAAUACAAAUAAUGUGAAAGAUUAAAUUUUUCUGUGUUACUUCUGUGUAGCUUCCAUGAGGCUCACAUCCAGACUCUGGCUUUUAGCAUGGAAGAAUAUUUUAAAAUUUCAGUUGGGAUUUGAUGUUCCUAUUUUAAAAUUUCACCUAUUUUAUUUUUUAAAUGAAAACUAUAUUAAAAAAAUUCUCUUCAAGCGUGUCUUACUUUUACUACUUUUCAGUUUCACUGGUGAGUUUGUGUGUCUGUUGCUGGCAACGGACCAUGCACCAGUAAAAUCUAAAGCCUGUCUUUGAAAUGGAAAAAUGGUAUGUACAAAUAAACUGCCUGUGGCACUGGUCUGAAUCUUACGAAGAAUUUCUUCAGAAUAAAGCGAAACAACAAA